GCCGGGUUCUGUGCUCGAAAAAUCGUGCUACAAUUAUUACAUUGGCCAUAAUUAAUGGCCCACGAUAAAUCCCGGAGUUGAAAUCGACACCGGUCAAACUACCGGGAGUGUAACAAAUCUUAGAUUUUUUUCAACCGUGAAAAAAUCCGAGAAAAGAAGCGUCUGUCACAAGCGCCGAGUGACUUGACAGACAGACUCGAAACUCAACUCGGAAGGUACUGCUGGUUCGUGGUUCUCGCGAAUUUUGCGAGUGCGUUGACCAGUUUACGUGGCGAUUCUUGUGGGAAAACAGCAACGAGAGAUUCUUCUGUGAAAUUUAUUUCCUCGAGAAAAUGAAUCCAUCCACAUGCUGACCCUUUGUUUCUUAAAUGACUGGUAAGAGAGGAAUCCACACUUAUGACAAUGGGCUGAAGCACUAAAAAUUUAAGGGACAAUUUGCAUCUGAAAGUUCACAAAAGAACCCAGGUGCAUCCUGGGGAAGUCUAAGAUGGCUACAGUGGACGACAAGAAACGUGUGGGCGGUACGAAAGUGUCCGCAAUUGCAAACAUCUUUCAGUCAAAGCCACAGUCGGAAAAUUUUAGCCACAGACCAACUGCAAUUCAUACGGAUGGUUUUAAAGAACCGCCUUCCCCCCUCAAAGACUCUCCUACACAAGUUACUGUCGUAAGGACCGAAAGUCACGUUGCCCGUUUCAACAAUGCUCGAGCACUUUUCGAGAAACUCGGCGAGGAGAAUAAAUCGAAUCGACCGGCGGAUCGAAUCACAAAGCCGACAAACUUGCAUGGUCUGCGUUCGAGAUCAAGUUCAGCAAAUUCCGGAUCGGGUUGCACAUCACCAGCUCGAUCUCCUCGUCCCCGCUCACCUUCCCCUCCAGGAACGAGGGAUCAUUUAAGUAACUGGAGUGCCAGCGUCCCAGCACUAAAUGCCGAACGACAUUUCGAAAACGGACACUCACACGCCGCUGACAGUAUUACUGAUAGAUUAAGGCCCCGCGUAUGCUUCGGGAAAUUCGACAAGCACAGUGGCAAGGAAAAUCGACUGGACGAGCGACCAGAAAAGCCUGAGAAGCCUGAGCGGAGAUUGAACUCGAAGGAGUUGAUCGAGAAGCAGAAGAACUGGACGAGUCACUUCUCGAAAACAAGACCCAGUAGAUACAACUCCGAUCCGAAUCACUCCGUGGUUCAGAAGUCGCUAAAUCAAAAUUUGUACAGGGUCGAGGAUUCACAAUUACAAAAAACAAACAAUCAGGGCAAAGAGUCAAAGCGGUCGAGUGAAGUUUUCUGUGUUCCCGCGACUAGGUCAGCUAGCUUCUGCUCCAUUAGGCCUUCGCCUUCAACUUCUCCGCCUCCGCCUCUUCCGCCAACUAGAAAUUCAUCAACUGGUAAUUCAAGAAAAGAAAGACCUAUCAGCAUAGGAUCCAGUCCCACGACUCCUGAUUACGCGAGUCCAGAAUACGCCACGAUUGCCAAAUUCAACGAUUCCUCGCCCACGAUACCCGAAUAUGCAGAGAUUCAGAAAAAUGUGGGAGAGCCGAACAAGAACGAGGAGCAUGAAAAGGACUUUCAAAAUCAAAAUGACGAUGGGAUGCCGGAGUACGCGGUUGUGCAGAAAGACAAGACAAAAAAUACAGCGAAACAAGCGGAAAAGAAUAAUUCGGAAAUUAAUUUAGAGUCAGCAAAGAAUGAGCAGGAUUCGGAGGCUAGCGUGCAUUCCAAGAGUAUUAGAAAUGCCGCUAGUCCGGAAAUUGUGACACCGGUCAAAGGGUUUGUUUCCUCCAAUGAGAGGAUUGGUAACGCCAGUCCAACUCGAAGUGCUUCCAUGGAUAAUGUAAUAUCCAGUGGCUCGGAGAACAAAGCGAUAAAAGACGAUUAUUUGGACAUUCCUGAAUAUUCUAAUUAUCCGAAUAAUGUGUCGAGGUCACCGCCAAAGACUUCAGAGUGGAAGAAUGAAUGGAUCGCGAAGAAUGAAGAGAUUUUGAAGAGUGUGACAAAUUCGACUUCGUCUAAGGAAGCUUCUGAUGAGGAAUUUAAUAAUGAAGUAUUUAGGACGGAUUCGAGACCUGAUUGGGCGAAACCUUGUAUUGAUACGGUUAAAAGAAAGGAUAGUAUUGUUGCGGAAGUGAAGAGGGAGAGAGUCAGGUCACCGGAGGGUGAAUUGAGACCUCCUUCGAGGAAUACUGAUAGUGCUUCAUCGAGUAUGAGUUCUCCUAGUUCACCUUCGAAGGACAGCAAGGAGGAGAAAGCUGAGAAGGAAAUGUCCGAGAAAACUCAAACUGGGCGAAGCAGUUAUGACUUGGAGACAGAGGAACCGGAAAAGCCGACAAGCUACACCGAGAGGAUUUUGGAGAAAGACGAAAAUGCAGAAAAGGAGUCGAAAUUCAGUGAAACGGAUACUGCAACUGUCAUCAGGCGAUCGCACGUUCGAGUUGAGUUACCUGCUGCUGGGUUAGGUCAUCGACCACCCUCAGUCAUCAGUUCGGAUCAGGAAUACCCAACUCUGGAACAUAAAGAAAUUCCCGUGCCAUUGCCCUACGUGAAACGAAUCCAGCAAACACAGGAACAAGCUAAAAGCAAGUCCCUUGCUAACGUCGAAAACAAGACCAAUCUCGAUACCAAGUCUUCUUUCACGGAUCAGAACUCGACAAAAGUUCCCCAGGAUGGCCUCUACAGGUUCCAGCAGGCAACAGUGACGAAUUCUAUAUUGAAAGAAAGCCAAGCUUUCUCUCUAGAAAACAAUACUUUCCAAGCUGAAGUGUCGAAAGAGAAACAGGCCAUUGAUCUCCAGUGUCAGAAGACAGUUUCCAAUGCUAAGAACGAUCAAAUAAAGGUUUCGGUUCGGGAGAAACUCGCGAAAAACAAGGAAGAAGUUUCUGGCAAACGAGCUAGUUUCACGGAUCUCGAAAACAAGGCGGAUUAUUUAGAUAAAUCUAAUACAAGUACAAAUCAGUAUUCUAAUAAUGCUACUAAUCAGGGCAGUAAUUUAUAUAAGGAAUCCAGUAAUGAAGAGAAGGAUGUGUGUGAUAAGCAUUCGACGUUAGACCUUUUGUCUAUAAACAACGUGGAAAUUGAGAGAGCAAGUGAAGUGACUGAACAGAUUGCAAAGACAGAUAAAUUAAAUUCUUCCAUCUCUGUCGGGUUUGAUAAAGAACUGGAAGAAUCGGUGCAAACGACCUGGGAACAGGAGAAACAGAAGGCAGAACUGGCGAAAUUAAGACAGACGGAGAAUAAUUUAACUCCGGGUAAUGUUCUUGGGGAUAAAACGCAUGUUAAGAUAGCUUCUCCUUUGAAAAAGGAUUUGUUGGAGGAUCAAAAAGUGUCUGAUAAUAGUUUGAUUGAAGACAGUGACUCCAGCGAUGCCAAAACUGUUACGAAUUUAGAGAGCUUGCCCUCGUUGGAGACUCCAAAUUUUAAUGGACCUGUAGAGACUGUUAAGUUAACUACGAGUCAGGUUGUUCUUAUGACUCCGGACACGAUGACACCUGAUGAGGCGGAGAAUCUUUUAAGCUCUCGAAUUUUGGAGAAGAAAAUCAGACAAGGAUCGGCGCUGCUGUCAGAUGAGGAAGCUCAAGAAAUUGCCAGGUUAUUGUCACCUACAAGUGCCAACGGACUUGUAACUGAAGAUAAACCAGAGGAUCAAGAAGCAGAGAGUAGUAAAGACAAAGAGGACCAGGAUAACGCUCCGGAUUGGCUUUCGGAUGUUCUAUCAGCCCAAGACUCCAGUCAAGUCAACAGUACCACUCAGGAUUAUAGUUUAUCACACAGAUCACGCAGCGAUUUAACAAUCGACUCGUUGACUGAAAGUCAAAUAGGAUCAGUAACUGGUAGCGAAAGUGGAUUACUCGGAUCUGUCAGCAGUUUGAAUGAUACCCAAGAAACUAAUGACGACACCGAGACAGAACAGCAGGACGACUAUACUCCCGUUCCUGGAAAAAUCAUUCUUGUGGAAAAUGGCGUGCACUACUUUGAAGAUGGCCACUUCUGGAUGGAAGUCGCGGGUCUUCGAGAAUCAGAGGACGAAGAUGAAGAAAUGCCAGAGCCAGUACUGGUUAAGAAAUCGGGGAAAAUCACUUUCGACACGGGACCAAUGCGCGUUUAUUCUACACAUUCAGUUAACGAUUAUGAUCGUCGUAAUGAAGAUGUUGAUCCCGUCGCGGCGAGUGCUGAGUAUGAACUUGAAAAACGCGUGGAAAAAAUUCAGGUGUUUCCUGUGGAGUUGAUGAAGGGACCAGACGGCCUCGGAUUAAGUAUAAUUGGCAUGGGUGUCGGUGCCGACGCGGGUCUCGAAAAGCUUGGAAUUUUCGUCAAGACAAUCACCGAAAAGGGCGCAGCCUCGCGAGAAGGCAGAAUACAAGUGAACGAUCAGAUUGUCGAAGUUGAUGGCAAAUCUUUAGUUGGAGUAACUCAAGCUUAUGCCGCUAGCGUUCUUCGAAAUACAUCAGGUCUUGUACGCUUUGUAAUCGGCAGAGAACGGGAUCCGAAGAAUUCUGAAGUUGCGAUGUUAAUUCGACAAAGCCUCCAAGCUGAUAGAGAUCGUGAGGCAAACAUGUGCACCAAUCGGAGACUCAACUUUUCGGACAUGUCGCCCGAUGAACGUCGAGAGGAUGAUGUUUCAAUUGGAACUGGAGGAAUUCCUGGAUCACCUACAAUGUCUUCUUGCUCGGAAGGAGAACCUCCACAUAGUCCCAUUGAAAACUACAUUUCUCCAGGUCGCCGAUCGCCGAUUAUCAGCUGUUCCCAACCACCGCCAAAUUCUGGCACGACGCAGAGUGACGUUGAUAGUCUUCGGAUGCUUUUGCAAGAGAGUCAGUAUAAGCUCACAUUAGCAGAUGGAGAGGUGGAAAAGCUGAAGGCAAAGUUGGUAGAGCUUGAAAACAAUGGAGCUGGCAGCGAAGAAUACGCAGCAAAAUUGCGAGAAUCUGGAUUACGGCUGCACGAGUCAGAAAGAGCUCUGGGGACAGCUCGUCAAGAUUUGUCAGCAGCUCGUGAAAUGUUGGCUCAGGCGGCAGCCCAGAGCGCAGCCCUACAACAGAAGUACGCCCGGGCCAAAAGAGCGGCCCGAGAACUUCGAGCCGACAUAGCAGCUCGCGACGAAUUUUACCAGCAAUUGCUUCAAGAAAAGGACACCGAGUAUAACGCGCUCGUCAAAAGUUUAAAGGACAGGGUCAUUACAUUAGAAGUAGAAUUGACAGAAACUCAGAGAAGGUUCGGUCUGCCGGUGAGAUUGCCGUAUGACGGGGCCACAGCGAGAAUUGUAACACCGCAAUUAACUAGACGUCAAUUACCACCGCCUCCUUCUGCUACGAGUUGUCAGCUCUCCGAUACCGAAACCUCUGAUCUUAGCAGUCCAGAUGACGGGGACAAGACUGCAACAGUCGAGAGAAAACUUCCACUACCAAUGCCAGUGAAGGAGGAACUUGAUCGGGCAGUUCCUGCUCACCGACUACUUGAUAAUUCAGCUGGAAAGAGCAAAGCUGAAUUGGCAAGCAGAGGGGGACUUGCCAAUCGACAAUUGCCCAAAAGAUCUGGAGGGCUUAGUAAUAGCAGUUCGGAUUAUGGUUUGGACGAAUCGGGCGAUAAUACUGAUGAAGAUUCGUCUUCGAAGCUCGUGAUGUCACAAGACAGUAGCAGCAGGUCUCCAAAUGAUUCGGUGAUUUCGAAACAGUCAAACAUGAGUUCCUACUCGAGCAGCUCAUCAAUUAGUUCACAGAAAAGUAAGCACGUGGAGUCGAUACACUCGACGACAAUUCGACAACAUAGUACAAUUAGUUCUCAAGUUCGCGCCCUGACCGAGCAAAGCUGGCAAUCGUCGCAAAAAGCUGGGUUAACUGGACCACCAGCUUCAUUGGCAGAACAACUGAAGCAGGUUCUGGCUGAAAGGGAAAGACGCCUUGGAGGAAACGAAAUGUCAUCCUCCAGGGAAAGCUCAGGAGAUUUUAGCGACUUAAAUAACCCGCACUCUAAUGACCCAACCCUAGUCACGCAUAAUUUAGUUGAGGAAAUUAGACAAGCCGUGAGCGAAGCUAAUCAAAGAGGUACGAACCAAAAAGUAAAAAAGGUAACAAUACCUUCACAAACUCUAAUGGGUGCUGGAAAUACUCCUUGGCAUCAUCCAACUGGAUCGCCAUCUAGUUUGUCAUCUGGCGGAUCUGUCAGUCCAACGGCUGUUGAUCCAAGUCCCUCGAAAAUCGGUAGCGCAGAUUCGAGUGAAGUUUGGUUUCCUCCUCUCGAAUUUGGUUUGGGUGACAAAAAAUUGCUCCUUUGGCAAAACACACCAGUUACCGAUUGGUCGAAGGAACAAGUAUGUCAGUGGCUGACAGCAAUAGGUCUUGAAAGGUACGCAUCUCGCUUUAUUGAAGCUGGAAUUUGUGGAAGCAGUCUUUUAAGAUUAGAAUCUCGCGAUCUGAAAGCUCUGGGCGUUUCUCGAGAAGUCAAGGACCAUCUGAAGCGAAAGCUGAAAGAAUUGCGAGCUCAGGCGGAUCGCGAGCGCAAAGAGCGAAAAGAAAUGGAGCGUAUGCGACGAAAAGCAGAAAAACAGGCUCGAAAAAAAUAGCGCGAGUAUGAAAGAAAAAAAAUUGGGGGAGCAUAUAUGAGUCCCCUAGAUUAAAACCCACCCCACUCCUAACUUUGUACAAGUCUCGCGUAGGUCCUUUUGUUAUUUUUGCGAACAGUUUUAAAAUCUUGUUGGUUAUUUCAAUCAAAUGCAGGCUAUUUUAAAUUGAAUGUAUAGUAUUGUUUAAUUUUACACUACAUCGUCGUUAGCCUGUCAAGUAUAUAUUUAAUUUUAUUACGUUCUUCGUGGAAGCCACUCCGGAUGUUUCUUGUAUUAUGUUUCGAAUUGGAGAUAGUCGGGGUGAAAGAUAGUUAUUUUCAUAAUUUUGUAUUAAUUCUUUGAUGCCAGAGCAUCCAAUAAUGAAUUCAAAGUAAGCAUUUUAGGCGAAAUGAAAUGUGACGGGAAUACCUUGUGGCGAUUGAAUUCGCUCGAAUGCAUGUAUGAUAAACGUGUGUGUGUAUGUGUGUAUAGGUCUUUACAUACGGAGAUGUGUAUAUUUCGAAGCUGAAGCCAUAUACCGAUAUAAAAUUGUAAUUAAGGUAUCAUUUUUUAUUAUUAUUUUUUUAAAUAAUACUCUCAAGACAUGUAUUAGUGUCUGAGACUCAGACAACGAGUGUUACGUUGUCCAAAAUCAUAAAAUGCAUCGUUUAUUUAUUUUUUAUGUCGUUCCGACGUAACGUCGUUUACUUCGUAUAAUAGAAAAUACUGUUAAUAAUAUAUAAUGUAGAAUCCCGACGUGACGGAAUCGCCGCCCGUCGCGAAUGGCUGUCCCUUUCCAUAUCUCGAAACUUAUCAUCGAACCCUUUUUUAUCACAAACGUAGACAUGACCGAGUAUCAAAACAUCUUUUGUCGGCUGUGUUACUUUUAUUUUUAAUUUGCUCAAUCUUACAUUUCAUAUCAAGAACCGGCUGACAAAGGUUUUAACACUGGGUCACGCCUAUGAGAAUUUUAUUGUUAGACCCAGACCCUACCUUUCACGCACCGCCCAGACGCAUUUCUAAUUAUUGUCGGGUUACGUUUCAGACAUUCCACGAGGACUGAAACAAUUUCUCAGAGUGUAAAAUAAUUCUCAAUCAUCGGUAUUUUACUGUUGUUGAUCGGGGUUGGUUGAAUAUUUAGUUCUCGGAAAAAAGCAAAUGGGUGCGUGGGUAAUGCGAGAAUUUCGUCAUCUUUUUUUUUAUUUAAAAAAAAAAACCUAAUGCAGUACGCAUAAAUAUUUGUAUCAAAAUUUGAGAGUAUUGCAAAGCGUAUGCGUUAUCCGAUUUCAAAGAAAUCGCGUAAUUAGAAAAAGGCGAAAUAAAAAUACAGAUGAAGAGAGAUAAGAAAAACGAAUGGAAAACACUUUGUACAUAUGUUCGUACAAUGUAUGUUGAUAAUGAUAAAAUUAUCACUUUAAAAAAAAACUGAAAGAACCUGUAACGGUAGUGUCAUAUUUACUUCGUAUCGUAUACAUUUUAGCUUGAUAACUCAAAUGUUUAUCAAAGUCCUCCAUUUUUUCUAAUGAGAAUGAUGUAUGAUUUUUGUAAAAGUACUUGGUACUUGUUACUUCUGUUUGCCAGGAAGAAGACGGUACAUAUGAAGCGUUUUGAGGUACGUCUUGAUCAAACUUGGAGAAGGAAGAGAAAGACGUAUUUUUUCAAUCUUAAGGCGUUUCGCGUUCCAGUUGUCCGCAAUAUUAGAGGUUUUAAGAGCAGGCACUUAACAAAAGACCGACUGAUUUUACGAUAUAAGUUUUAUAGUCGAUUUUUCAACGAAGAUUUUAGAUGUGUAAAUGUCAUAUUUAACGGAUCAAGUCUCUAGAAUUUCGAUCAAGAAUAUUGACAAAAGAUAAUGUUAAUGUACUUUAAGAAAAGAGUAAAUAUCAGAGGAGGUUUUGAUAAAUACUUGUAAUUUUUUAAAUUCAGUUAGAAGGGGGAAAUAUUGUCGCGUUUAGGAAACUAUUUUCGUCUUUUGUCUAUUUUUGAGUGAAAUUUUGAGGGAGUCAGAUUCGAGGAAAAAGGAUGAACACGUCGGGAAAACUUUGUAUGAUAUAGGUUGUUCUUUGACUGUACUUCUUUGUUUAUAAUUGUCCUCCGUAAUGAUUAAUCACUUGGCAACAAUGUUCCAACGAGGUCAAGAUCCAUAGUUACUUGGCAGCUUUUUAACAAUAUAUUUACGAAAAGUAUUGUCACUACAAAUACUCGUGAACAUUUUAAUUAUAAACGAUUCAUACG